GCACUUUAAUUGCGGGUGACUCGGGAAAAAAAAGGGAAUGAAUCGGAUGAUUUUGUUUCGAGUGUCUAUUUGUCAGCCAUUGUUGCUUCAGAUGCUCUUUGAAAAGUGGCGCCUUUGCUUUCCAUUCAAAACCUUCUUUAGAGAGCGAUAGAGAGCCUAAAAACCCUAAGUGGUGUCCGAGACAGAGAAAGAGACGAUGAUACUGAGGACUCCGCCACCGAAGAAGCAACGGUCCGAAACGAGGGAUCCGGGCAGCUUGUUGGCCGCCGCGUCAGACCUGCCUCUCGUUAUCUACGAGGAUCCUGCUUCAGCGGCGCCCCCUCCCCAGUCCUCCUCGGGCGAACACUUGCUCUGCACCUACCAAUGUCGCCAAAUGGUUAAAUCGGAUUUCUUUGAUGCCUUAAGCUGUGCAGAGAAGCAAGUUGACGACUACCAGUCCAGAUCGAAGGCUUUGGAGGAGAAUUUUAGCAAAGUUGAAGCUGAGAGGAAGCAAAUUUUAGAUCGAUUCCUGUAUUCAGAACAAGAACUUGCUGCUGCAAAAGGGCGUGAACAGGCACUGCAACAACAGCUUUUGAAAGAGGUGAAUGAUUUUCAGGAGCGAUUUAAAAAACAAAUACAAUCACAUAGCGAACUUGAGGUAAAGCUCCGCAAUGAAAUGAAUCUUCGCUUGAAGGCUGAUGCUUCGACAGCUUCAGCUGAAGAGAAAGCAAGUACUUUCGAGAGAAAACUGAGCAAUCUUUCCGAAAGCAUAGAGAAGGAGAAAAAACGUCUCCACAAUGAGAUUGAAUUGCUGAAAAGAGAUUCAAAACUUUCUGUUUCUAGAAUAAGUGCAGAUCUUGAAAGGAUGGAAUGCAGAGCUAUCAAUGCUGAGGAAGAAUCAGGCCUUUUAAAAGAGCAACUGGAAGAUCUUAAGAAGCAACUCACUGAGUGCAUGCAUCAGAAGAGUGCAGUGGAGAAGAAAUUAUCAAGCUUCACAUUUCAAGAAGCUUCUUCUACUGAUAGUAAUAUUUUGGUGAAACAUUUGCAAGAAGAGCUUAGGAACUACGAAUCCGAAGUCAGAGAGGCAAGGAAGUUGAGAUCAUCUCGUGAAAACAUUGAGUUAUUGAAGGAGAAAUUAUUGGAAGAGAAGGGCCGCAGAGAGAGGGCAGAGGGAGAGUUAUCUAAAUUACAUGAAUUCCAGAUGAGUAUGAAGAAGCUGGAGGAUGAAUUGUCAUCUUGGAAGUUGAUGAUCAAAGAAAUUCCUGGUGUGUCAUGUUCCGAGGAUAUACCAGUUAAAUUUGCAGCAUUACAAAAGUGA